GGGGUUAGGCUGUGUCAAAAAAAAAGAAGGGGGCUCGCUAGCGAUGUUGAGUACUGGGGAAGUGGGGAUUAAUAACUGAAGAAAAUUCCCGUAGUUGAAUUCCAAGUGAAACCCUAAGUUCCCGCGGAAACGAUCUUGUGCGGAUCUUGAGGUAUGGGUGGACAUGGAGGUCUGAACAUCCUUCCACAGAAGAAGUGGAAUGUCUACAACUUCGACAACCGCGAGAAAGUUCGUAAAGACGAGGAAGCCGCCGCCAAAGAUGAUCAACUCAAGCGCGACCAAUCUCGUAAGCGCGACUCCGAAUUCCGCCUUCUGCAGCUCCGCCGUGCUCGUGGCGUUGAUCCUCAUCCCACCAAUUUGAAAUCGGAACCACCAAUUUGCGCAGAUGAACCGAAAUCGGAAUCGGAUUCGAAGCAUUUAAACUUGUUCGACGGAAUAAAGAUAUUCGAUCCAGUUGAGGUUGUAAAGAAGGUGAAGAAAGAAGACGAAGAAGGUAGUAAGAGGAAGAAGAUGAAGAAGGAGGAGGUGAGGGUGGUGGGGCCUGAGGAUGAGGUGUAUAGGCUUGGUUAUGGUGUUGCUGGGAAAGGGGUGAAGGCUCCUUGGUAUACACUGAAGCCUGAUAAGGAGGUGGAGGAAAAAAGGAAAGAGACUAAUGGUAAGAUGAUGAAGAAGACCAAGAAGACAGUGGAGGAGCUUAGGGAAGAACGACUCAAUAGAGAGAAGGCUGAGAAGGAGAGGGAGCGAGCUUUGCUAUUGAACAAAACACCCAGUAAUCAUCACUAUCCAAGGGACCGAUUUAUGAGGCAACGGUGAUAUAUGUCCUGCGUUUCAGAGACCGGAUAUGGAGUCAUUUUUCUCUAAUGGAUAUUGUGGGGGAUUCCAAAUAUGUUGUUUCCAGCCCCUGUUUAUUUGGUUUUCUGCUGGAGAAUUGAUCUGGUUCUCUUCUUGCUUCGUGCGUAAGCUCACUCUGCUUCACCUGACACCAAACUGCUGAUCAGAUUAUAUAAUUGCUUCAACUACUGAGAUCUCCCUUGCUCAUCUCAUAUAAAUCGAAUGCUUAAACUUGUUCGCAUUGUUUUGUUUGGUGAUGUAUAUACUUACAAGUUGUAAAGACAAUAGUGCAUUAUGUAACCGUCUCUUAUUUGAUAUUUUUUUCCUCCUUA